UGACGCGCGAUGGGAUACCAGAGACCGGUUUUUGAGGUCAGCUGCUCCGCGCUGCCUGGAUGAACUCGGACCGUGCGGGCUCACAGUGCAUCAGCCCGUCAUGGGGGACGGCGGUGCGUCUUCUCAGCUGAACCUCCAAAACGGCACCGGGGAGGCGUCCGAUGCGCACGGCUCUGUUGCGGCCGCGUCCGAGCACUGGAUGGCCGGGAUGAGCCUGCUGAUGAGUCUGAUCGUCCUGUCCAUCGUGUUUGGGAACAUCCUGGUGAUCGUGGCCAUAGCGAGGACGCAGAGGCUCCAGACGCUCACCAAUGUGUUCAUCGUGUCUCUGGCGAGCGCGGACCUCAUCAUGGGACUGCUGGUGGUGCCAUUCGGCGCAGCGCUGGAGGUGCGCGGUUUUUGGAUAUACGGCUCGUUCUUCUGUGAGUUCUGGAUCUCCGUGGACGUGCUCUGCGUCACCGCGAGUAUAGAGACUCUGUGCGUAAUCGCCAUAGACAGGUAUGUGGCCAUUACCUCACCUUUCCGCUACCAGAGCUUAUUAACUAAAGCCCGGGCCAGGGCGGUGGUGUGCGUAGUUUGGGGCAUUUCCGGGCUGGUCUCCUUCCUCCCCAUCCUCAUGCACUGGUCCCGCGACAAUGUGGACACAGACUGCUAUGAUGACCCCCACUGCUGCGACUUUGUGACCAACAGGGCUUAUGCCAUCUCCUCAUCCAUCAUUUCCUUCUACAUUCCUCUCCUGGUUAUGAUUUUUGUUUACGCACGGGUGUACAGAGAGGCCAAACUACAGCUGAGGAAGAUCGACAAGUGUGAGGGGAGGUUUCACAACACCCUGACAGGACUGACCUCCAAGUGCAAGAAGAGGCCGUCCAAGAUCCUGGCGCUCAGGGAGCAAAAGGCGCUUAAGACUCUGGGCAUCAUCAUGGGGACCUUCACUCUGUGCUGGCUGCCGUUCUUCAUCGUCAACGUGGUGCGCGUCUUUUGCGCGGAGAUGGUGGACAAGGACCUGUUCGUGUUCCUGAACUGGUUGGGCUACGUGAACUCUGCCUUUAACCCCAUCAUCUAUUGCCGGAGUCCAGAUUUCAGGAAGGCUUUUAAAAGGCUGCUGUGCUGCCCGCGGCAGGCGGACCGCCGGCUGCACAUCAGCUCCUGCGACCUGUCGCGGUGCUCCGGCGGCUUUGUGUCCGCGCUGGAGCCCGGCACGCUGGAGAUGUGGUCGGAUUGCGCAGCGUUGGAUAACAGCGACAGCAGCCUGAUGGGGACCGGGAAGCUGGCUCACUCUGAGUCCCAGAUGUGAAGGAAAAGAGAUUAUAUAUAGAAAAAACUAAUUGUGGUGAAAAAACAGAAAAACCUACAUGUGGAAGUUAAAAUAAUACAAAACGCAUCCAAAUCAAGACUUGGACAGGUAU